AAGCGCCUGGCUGCCUCCAGCUCCGGGAGAGACGUGCUCCAGUGAGCUCCACCGAGAGACAUGGGAACGCAGAGGCGGCUGCUUUGGACCUUCGUGGGAUGCUGGAUGUGGAUCCUACAUGAGCUGGGGACCGCCUUCGCCGUGCCCGCCACCACGGAAGGGCAGCUGACCCAGGACGAGACACUUGGCACCGACGAGCCCAAGCCUUUUGCAGCAGAGAGCGAUGUGCUCCAAGGGGUCAAGCUAGAAACUGCAGACAGAGCUGCCACCUCUGCUGACGCCGGCAAUAGCCCAACGCCAUUUCCUCCUGGGUUUUCCUAUGGGGAGGCGAAUAUUGAGAUAACCAGGGUGCCGACACACUUGCAGCUCCUGGAGGCCCACACCGUCAGCUGGCUGCCGGCUGUAUUUGAGCACGACAUCACCACGCGUGGUGAUGGGGGAGAAGACUCUUCGGGCUCAGGGCCAAGCCCCGGUGUCACAGCAGAGCCGUCUAUAGCCGAAGCCAAAACAUUACCGCGCACGACAAAUUCUUCGCGCUCCUCUCUGGACAACGGGCUGACUACCACAACGCCAGAUGCAGAAGAAGCAGCCGCCACUGCUUUCCCUUUCCCUGGACAGAUAUCCUCUUUCUCCUCCAAGGUGGAGCCGGAUGCAUCCUCCAGUGUCCCUGCUGCUGCUUCUCGCUUUGUAGGCCUCGAUAAAGUUUUCGUAGCACCUGUCCCGCGGGAGGGAACAGAAGAAGAACUGAUCUCCGCUGCCAGCAAAGCGCCCCUUUCUCCAUCCGCCGCGGAGACAGAGCUGAUGGGGGCAGCGGUGGAGGGGACGACUCGUGCUGGAGCUCUCAGCAGGGCAGUACCCCUGCCCACGGAUGCAGGCCUGGGAAUGACCAAUUCAGCUGUGGGAGCACAGGAAGAGACGGCGGUCUCCAAUGCCGAUGGCCAAAAUGAAGUAGAUGCCUUUACCUGGAGCCCAGACACCAGCGCAGGAAAGGCUACGGAGUCGCUUUUGUGGAGCACAGAAGACCUGGGCGACAUGGAAAGCUCUUUGUGGUCAUCUCUACAGGCAGAGGCAGUGACGGGAGUGCGUGAACCCUCGGGGGAAACUACCCCGUCUACCGCCACCUCUCCUGAUGAAGCUGAGGGCUCGGAAGGAGCUUCAGAGAUGGACGGCACAAAUGAUGCCCCAAAGGCCACAGCUCCUGAACCCCCACAGCCAUCAUCGGGGAGCAGGACAGUCCUAGGAACAUCAGACAACACGGAGGAAAUGUCCACCGUUGCCUUUGGUGCUGGGGAGGACGAUGCCGUGCCAGCAGGACCUGCUGAUGCUGAAGAAGGGCUCUAUCCACAGGCUUCCUCUAGCACACCCGGACCCAGCCAACCCCCUUCGGACAGCAAGAUGCAUUCAGGACUAGCAGCUAUCCAAGGCAGAGGGGAUGCUGAUAGCUUGGCGUCCGCAGCCAGCGAAGGGACUGUUGGAGACAGCAGUCCCCAGAGCGAAACCCAUCCUGUGUCCCUGGAUGCGGAGCUGAGUCCAGAUAGCACCGCACAGCCCUUGCCAGGGGCCUGGGCCAAUGCUGGAACGUCCCUCCGGUCUCCACUGGAGGAUGGGGAAGCGAUUCAUGCCCCAGAAGGAGAAAACUCUGGCCCCACGUCUCCCAGUGAAGCCCCCACCGAGUCGUCCUUUUCAGAGGCUGAAGAUGCAGGCGUCUCCCCAGCUCCUGGGUCCCCCCAGCCAACUCCAGAUGCCAAGGCAGAUGUAGUGCGUAUAACUAAGGAGGGCGCGGAGGUGGCCAUGAGCUCUGGCCUUGCAGCUACUGAAACUCAGGAAGCAUGGCUCUCCGGAGCCCGUGGCAGUCUGCCCAAUACCGGUGUGGAGACCUCCAGCUUGGCCUUUGCAGGGAACGAGGAGGCCACUGCAUCCAUCACGGACACCCAGGGUCAAACCAGCCCCUCGCCCUCGGGCCCAGCGGUGAGUCCAGCAGAAGUGGCUGCGUCGGAGCUGCCGACAGGAGGAGCAGGAGCCACGGCGGCCUCUGAAACUUCCCUCCCUGCAUCCGGAGGGGUUGGGGCAGUGACAGGGGCACCCACGGCAUCAGGAGACGUGUCCCUGUCUCCCAGCCGUGCCCCCGCUGAGAUGCCACUUGCAGAGCCUGCAGGGACAGGAGCCUCCCCAGUUGGAUCCUCCCACGCUCCUGGUCCUUCCCAACCCUCUCCCACCGCGAUCACACCUGCAGCUGCAGGGGAGAAGGAGGACUCCCCAAGUGCCGGCCGUGCCGGUGGAGAGGAAACCCCACUUCCCUCCUCAGCCAUGGAGGCAGAGCCGUCUGCUUCAACCAAUGCUUCUGGAGCACCUGAGAGCGAAGUAGAAGCCGCGCCGGCCGGCACCGGCCCUGAACCCACUCGUUCAGCAUCGACAGGAAGCGAGGGAACCGCCACACCCAGUGUGGAGACCCAAUGGGAAGCCAGUCCCUUGCUCUCAAACACAGCGGUGGGUCCAGCAGAGACGGGACCAGGAGAUACAGGAGCCUCAGCUGCCUCUGAAACUUCCCCCCCUUCAUCUCCAGGGGAUGGGGCAGUGCCAGGGGAGGGAUUCCCAGCAUCUCCCAGCAAUGUCCUCGCUGAGCUGUCAACUUCAGGGACUGGGUUUUCGAGUGCUCCUGGCUCCUUGCAGCCAUCUGCAGUCACUGAGGCCGAUGUAGCAUCGAUCAAAGAGGGCACAGAGGCGGUGGCAAACUCUGGCCUUGCAGCAGCUGCGACUCCUCAGGGAGGACGGCUCUCCGGAGCCCUUGGGGGAGUGACGUUGCUGCCCGAUGCAGGCGUGGAGACCUCUGGAAACAAGGAAGCCACCACCUCCAACACUGACACCCAGAGUCCAACCAGCCUCUCACCCUCAAAUGCAGCACGAAGCCCAGCGGAGACCAGUGCAGGAAAUGCGUCGGAGCUGCUGGUGGCAGGAGCAGCAACCUCGGCUGGCUUGGAUCCUUCUCUCCCAUCAUCCUUAGGGGAUGGGGCAGUGAUGGCCACACAAGCCCGCUCCGAAGACGUGUCCCCAGCUGCCUCUGCUUCUCCUCGCGAUGCCCUGGCUGCAUCCUCUGUUUCAGAGGCAGGAGUCACCCCUCGAGCAGUUUCUAGCGGUGCCGAUUUUUCCCAGCACGAGACUGUUUUGGGCCCUGCAGCUGCGGAGGAGGCCUGGGGCUCUGCUAGCACAGCAGCGACAGCAAACAGGGGAGCGGGAAUAUCCAGCGCAGGUACUCCAAGUGCAGCGGAUGACUCUGCCUUGGGCACAGCGCUGGGUCCAGCAAGCACGGGAGAAGCAGGCACCUCAGCUGGCACUACAACUUCCUUUGGGUCCUCUCUGGGGGGUGAAGCCUCUGCCCCGGCCUCUCCCAGUGAUGUCCUCACUGAGCCAUCAGCUUCAGGGAUUAAAAACAUAGGAGUUCCCCAAACUGGGUUCCCAUCGCUGCCUGGCACAGGCACAGAGACCUCUGGCAUGACAUCUGCAGGAAGUGAGGAAGCCCCCGUGUCUGUCAGCGACACCCAGAGUCAAACCGAUCUCUUGCCCUCAAAUGCAGCUAGGAGUCCAGCGGACGCCACAGAGACCAGUGCAGAAGAUUCAUCAGAGCGGCCGGCUGGACAAAUGGGAACCCCAGCUCACUCGGGUACUUCCCUCUCUUCAUCUCUGGAGGAUGGGGCAGCGACAGGAGAGGGGUCCCCGUCUUCCCUGGCAUUUCCUAGCAAUGUCCUUGCUGAGCCAUCAGCUUCAGGGACUGGGUUCUCCAGCGCUUCUGGCUCUUCCCAGCCAUCGGGGGUUGCAGAGACAGUUGUAGCAUUGAUAACUAAGGAGGGCACAGAGGCGGUGGCGAGCUCUGGCCUUGCAGGUGGGGAAACUUCUCGGGGGCCGCAGCUCUCCGGAGCCCUUGGCAGUGGAGCGACAUUGCGGUCCGAUGCAGGCGUGGAGCCCUUCGGCUUGCCCAGUAACGUAGCAUCUUCCCCUAAUGGGUUCUCUAAUGCUCCUACCUCCACCCGACCGGCUGCAGUCACCCAGGCAGAUGCAGGCACAGAGGAGGCAGCAAGCUCUGGCCUUGCAAGUGCUAAGGAAACCCCCUUUUCCCCUUCUGCCGUGGAGUCCCAGGCUCCCAGCGCGGCAGCAGAAGCACCUCAGGGAGCACAGCCGCCCAGAGCCCUUGGCAGCGGAGCGCCGUCGCUGUCCCAGACGGGAGGGGAGACCUCCGCAGAUACUAAGGAAGCUGCGACAUCCACGAGCCACGAUGCCCCAAAUCCUUCUUCCUCCUCGGACGCAGAGCUGAACCUGCCAAGCACAGCAGAGCUGCAAAUGGGACACACGGGGACCUUGGCUAACGCUGGACCUUCCCCUCCGUCCUCUCUGGACGACGGGGCGGCCGCAGGGGUUCUCGUGCCAUCAGGAGCAGGGUCCCCGUCCGCUCUUGUCUCUUCCAGUGAAACACUCACCCAGCUCUCGGGGCCAGGGACCCAAAAUACAGGCACGGUGGCGGCUGGCGGGUCUGGUGCUCCAGUCCCAGCUAAAAAGGAAGCGCUCAAGUCUGCUUCCAACAUCCCUGGGGAAACCGUCGUGGCCUCCCCUGCUUCGGAGGCCGAAAGGGAAGGGUCCUCCUCUCUUGGAGGCUUCAGCCCCGUCAAUUCUGCUCCUCUCCUGUCGGAUGGCGAGGCACCGCUCUCUCCUGCGGCUACAGAAGGGAGAGGGGACAGCGCAGGGCCUGUGUCGGCCGCAGACAAGGGGAACGCGGGAUCCAUUGCUGACUCCCAGAGCGAAACAGGUCCAGCAAAUGCUCCAGCGGGAGAAACAGGGGUCUUGUCCGCAGCCGGGGCGGUCUCUCCAUUGUCCGGAGAUGGGCCAGCGACGGGAGUCCACGUAUCAUCAGAAGCGUCCUCCUCGGCCUUGGCCUCGGCCAGCAAAACUCCUGCCGAGGCCCCACAGACUGCAGAGCCGGGAUCUUCCUCCACCGGUUUGCUUUCUAGCACCCCAUCCCCCCUGCAGCUUCCCUCUGCGGGGCAGACUGGACCAGACACAUCUGGGCUUCUCGGAGAAACAUCUGUAUCCUCCAGUUCUGCCGCCAGUGAAUCCGGCAGCCCGGUUGGGUUACCAGGGCUGGAGGGUGGUAAUGGCAUGCCCCGAGUUACAGCGCUUCCAUCCGUCUCCAGUAGUCCAUCUGGCAGCCAGUUCGGCUCUCCCGCCCUGAUUUCGAAGAGUGGAAAGAUGCCACCGGCGCUCCAGGCUAAUGGGGAUUCAGCCGCGGUCUCGCACGUGUCGGCGGUGGCAGCUCGGGAAGGCCUGGCUACGACGCCGUUCCCUCUCUCGGUCACACAAGCGCGUGAGGAUGAUACCGGUGCAGGAUUUGCCCAGGAAGGAACAGCGCUGGCCUCGGCCGGGGCUGGAGAGUCUGUUGCAGAUGCUAGGGGCCAGCCGACCACACCAGCAGUGCCCCUGUAUCCGUAUGGAGCAAAGGCAAAGGAUAAAGAGUACGUGGAAAGGAGAGUGGAUUUUAACUCCCGGCUCUUCAAACCCGCGGUCGGAUUUCCGUUUGGGAAAACACUACGCGAUGCUCUCUACUUUACAGACAACGGGCAAAUAAUUUUCCCAGCCUCAGACAACGAUGUUUUCCCAUAUCCCAACCCACCGCCUGAAGGGUUUAAUGGCCGUGAAACAGUCCCGAUGGUAGCUGUGUUUUGGGAUAAUGCUGAUUUCUCCAGAGGCGUCGGCACCACCUUUUACCAGGAAUUCAUGACCCUGAACUCUGCCAAGCCUCCAUUCAUUCAAGACGUGGAAGCGAGGAUCCGGCGGUACGUGGGGAAGUCGUACUCGGCCGUGUGGACUCUGAAGAUCACCUGGGUGAAGGCUCCUGCCUACCCCGCGUGGAGGGAUGUCACCAAGACGAACACGUACCAGGCUGUCCUCACCACCGAUGGAGUCAAGUCCUACGUCCUGAUCCUCUACCAAGACGGCAGCAUGCAGUGGGAUUACACCAGACGUCCAGCUACGAAUGUCCUGAUCGGCUACUCCAGCGGGGAUGGAUUUUACCAAAAUGACAACCUGACUCAGAGACCUCCAGCUGCUAAAUAUCGGCCCGACCAGUUCAGAGGCUACAGCACAGACCUGCGAGGGCUGCGGAUCUACAAACUGGAUAGCCGCGUGCGUGCGAACUACCGGGUGCGGUGCCUCAGCUGGGCUAGCAAGCAGCAGGAGCCGGGCACGUGGAACAGGGACCUGCCGCCGUGCCCCUGCUCUCUGCAGCAGGGAGAGUCGGACGGCCGCUUCAGACGCAGCAAAGGAGGUUGGCUGGAUGCGCAGGUGACCAUGCUGUAUACAGCCUCUCCCAACCAGUACGGCGCUGGGGUGCGAUGCCUGUACAGCAAGCAGAACAAGCUCAUCGACGGCCGGCAGGAGAAAUACUGGAAGUACUCGAGACAAGCUUCGCCAUUUCGUGAUCAAGAAUUAAAGCUGCAGGACUGGUGCUGCAACCAGACGGGAAGCCCCCCGUUCUGCGCUCUGUAUGGGCAGAAAAGACCAAAGAUCGGCUGUGAUGGAUACAGGCCUUCAAAUCUCAACCCAGCAGAAACAUCCUCAGAAGAGUCGGGCAGCCGCUCGGAGAAAAGGAAAAGAAAUCAUAGAACAAGAAAGUUCACCUAAGCCAGGACCCAACCAUCCUUCAAGGCCUCGGUCGCAUCUAACAUCUCUCUGUUGCCAGCUGUUCCUCAACCCAUUGCACGUGGAAUCUGUUUGACCCGACUUUGCUAAUAAUCUCCAUGAAACAUUUCACUCAAGAGCGUAUGUCUCACUCCAGGACCGUGGUAGCGUUGGUGGAGAUGAACGCUCUUCGCAGUCUUUCUGAAACGUCCCUUGGAUUCAUGUGAAAAAGCAAUGAUGCAUUUCUUCUUCUCGUGGGACCUCAGUUUCUCCGUCAAAGACUACCUAGCAAGCGUUCCCUUCUGCUGCUACAAACCCUCUUCGUUCCCGCUCCAGCUGGGUCGGCUCCUGCUGCAUUUGAGAAGUGGGCAGGUCCUCGCAGCUGCAGAACGCGGUUCCUCUCCUUGGGAAGGGCACGCUCUUCCAAGAAGGCCUCCAACCAGCCUGUCCCACAGGACAGCUCUCGGGCUUCCCACCAUGCAGGGAUGCAGAGCUCCUGGGCCUCUAGGUAAGGGCAGGGCUGGGUAGUUGACCAGUCAAAUACCAGUUGAAAAUUGUAAAAUUAAAAAAAAAAAAAAUUGCCAAUAGGUCCAAAUAACGCACAGAAAAAGCACACCUUUUCCAUUCAGAAAUGUGUCAACACCAUAUUUAUGUCAAGAAAACUACAAAAACAAUGUCAUUUUUUUUGGUAAAAAUUGCUAUAAUCUUUGACCGGUCAAAAAGAUGUAGUCAACUGAGCACUCAAUGGACAAUAUUUGGCCGGCCAAGUGACCGGUUUGUCAAGCCUAGAUAAGGGUUUCUGCUUCAUUAGGAUUCCAGUAACACAUCCUGCAGUACAAGGGUCCCUGCAUCACUUACUUGACUUGUCACGAGCAGCAGCGUGUGGGAUGAAAACCGCGAUGCUUUUGCUCAUAUUCACAUAUCUUGUGGCAUUGAUGCGGCCCGCUGACAAAGGGGAAAGAUGCCUUUGGCCGCUGAUCUCUCAAGCCUUCUUGCUUUACAAAACAGCCAUCGAAUGAUUCGAGAUUAGAGCAUCUUGAUGGAAAUCUCCACGGAGCAUGCUAGCACACCACUGAUCCCAGUUCUCAAAGCCUGGGAGGCUGGCGGAGGGUGGGGGAAUCAGUGGGGUCUUUGUCAGAUGACAUUUACCCUGUCCAAAAAAUCAAAUCAAAUCACUUUCUGUCAAUAAAGUCUUUGGAGAAGAA